AAAAACUUUUUCCAAAAUGUAUUUAAUACAUUCUCGAAAUUCUAUUUCCAAAAUUUAAAUCUGAAAAUAAUUAUUUUGAAAAUUUGUGAGGUACGGGAAGAAGGAUAUCAGAAAGUCGAUACAGUAACUGUAGGAAGCAGCAACUGAACUGCACUGCAGCGAUACAGAAGGGUAUCAGAAAGAAGGAUAUUGAAUUCAAUUCGUAACCACAACUUAAUGGAAGCUUCAGAUUUGGACGAAGGGGUGAAGGUGUUGGAUGCGUGUUUAACCAAUAUCAAUUGGCGCCUCAAGCCUUCUUCCAAGCGUCGCUUACAAUUGGAUAUGCUUGCUCUGAUUACAAGAAUGCGUGCGGUUGUAAUGGUAGACUACGGCGGAAUCAUGCCUCAACUCCAACACCACCUCUCUUCUCUCCUUCAACUCGCACAAAGGGAAUCCCUAAUUUUCGAGCAUAUACGAAUAAUGGUUAUACAAGACAUGAUUUACUUAAUACACCUCACCGAACUAACGCACUUUCUCAAUUCAACCUUCAAUUCUCACCGACCGUUGCUCUUUGUCGACCUUCAAUCGGAAAACCCUAAGAUGGUAACGAAAAUUGAGGAAAGCCAGUUAGCAAUGCAGCUUGUAUCGAUUCAGAGGUUGUUUUUGACGAUAUUCUGUCCCGAGAGAGCCACUGACCCCUCGCCGUCGCAAGAUGACAAAUGUACGGACGAAACCGAUGCCACUUGUCGGAGUCAGAGCUUACCUUCUCGUUCUACUACUGACUGCAUUGAUCUCAGUGACUGCAUGGACAACACUGACAUCACUGUGCCGACCUUGAAUGGAUGGCUUCUAGGAUAUCCAGUGGUCUAUUUGUUUGGCAAAGAGCACAUUGCAGAUGCCAUUUAUAAUCUUUCGACCAAGUAUCUCCAUAUUUUUCAAGUGUUUGUCUGCAGGAAUAGUACUCUCAAGAAAGGGACCCGAGCUGAAGAGCUGCUAAGUUUUUCAGUGCCUUAUGAUCUAAGCAUGAGAGGGAGUAAUGAAGAAUGGGCAGAGGCUUUUCUGGCUCAAAUGCAGGCUAAAUGGGAAAGAUGUGCAAGCGCUUGGAAGUCGUUAAAGAUGGAGAAUAUUCAAAUUAUAAUCUUUCCAAAAGUGGGCUGGAAAGUGCAGAGCUACCCUGGUAACAAGUGAGAAUAAAGCAAACACAGAAGUUGAUUUAUUUUGAUAAAAA